AAUCAAAAGUUACAACCUUCUCUUCUGAUCUGGCCCAGCCCAACAUGGCGUUCUCUGUCUGGUUUCAAUCUUCUAGUAUAGCGCAAAUAGCUUUCGUUUUCAUCUGUUUGGCGUUCUCUGUCAAAAUCAUUUAUCGAGCAUAUCUCACACCUCUACGCAAGAUUCCCGGCCCAUGGUAUGCGCGAUUCACCCAUCUCGUUCUUAAGUACUAUGUAAUCACCGGGCAUCGCUUGCACUAUAUCCAUUACCUCCAUCAGACCUAUGGGCACAUAGUCCUCAUUGCUCCAACCGAAGUAUCAUGUUCUUCAAUUCCUUCUUUCAAAACAAUCCACCGUAUCUCUAAGCCCUUUCUCAAAUCUCCUUGGUAUCAAACCUUCGUGUCUGAACCGGCAGGUGUUUUUAGUAUGAUUGAUUCGAAAGAACAUGGUAUCCGUCGCAAAUUGUUUGCGCAUUCUUUCAGUAAGAGCUCUUUGAGAACAAAUUGGGAGAAUGAUGUCAGACAAAAGGUAAGCAUGGCGGUGAAGAAAAUUAAAAGAGAUGCUUUGAUAGGAGAAGUGGACAUCUUGAAAUUCUUCAUAUUCAUGGCUACAGAUGUCAUAGGGCAUCUCAGUUUUGGAAAGAGUUUUGGAACACUAGAAAAGGAACGGAAAACUCAAUACAUCGAAGAUCUAGAACGUGUAAGCGUAGUAGCCGGUAUUAGCGCUGAAUUUCCGUUACUUUUCAAAAUUGGGAAGAUGACACAUCUUUCUUUUUUUCAAACUCCCGAAGAUCGAUUAAAUGAGUAUGGAUCAUUAGCUGUCCUGAAUGCAAAAUCAGAGAGUGGUACUGCUCAUAAUAUAUUCCACAAGAUAGUCACCGAAGGGAAAUCGAAGAAUGCGGAUGCACCACUUUCAGAUUUGGACAUUCAACAGGAGGCCACAAAUUCCAUAGUAGCGGGGACUGACACGACUGCUACUACACUCACAUAUCUGGUCUACAACAUUUUGAAAUAUCCUGAAUUGCAGAGACAACUAGAAGAUGAGGUUGGCACUUUAGGUGAUGAUUUUGAAUCUAAGGAUGUGGAGGAAUUGCCGUUGUUAAAUGCGGUUAUUGAUGAAGGGUUAAGGCUAUGGGGAGCAGCGCCCUCAAGUCUCCCUAGAAUGGUUCCUCGAGAAGGUGCUGAGUUAGAUGGAUACUUUCUCCCUGGAUCCAUAACAGUUUCUACGCAGGCUUACACAAUCCAUCGCGACCCGGAAAUCUUCCCUGAACCUGAAAGGUUUGACCCUCAGCGCUGGCUUGGUCCCAAAUCAGAUGAUUUCAAAACAGCAAACCAUCCCUUUGGUGCAGGAGUACGCACCUGUCUCGGUAUUCAUUUGGCGAAAAUGGAAAUGCAUUUAGCUCUCGCUUUAAUUUUCAGGGAGUGCAAAGGAAUGAGAAUUGCCUCGAGCCAAGAUGAUAGUGGAAUGGAGAUGGAAAAUUUCUUUUUGAUUGCACCCAAGGGACACAAGUGUAUGGUUACUAUGAGAGACGGAUUUUAGAAAGUGGGUCAGAAAUUAUUGAUAAGGAGAUCAUGAGAUUGUA